UUAUGCUGAUGAGUUCAGUUCUCUCCUCCACUCCAGAAAAGUAAAGUUCUUUGAGUGACAGCGACGCCCAGCCCAGAAUCUUCUGUUUUCGUUUUCCUCCGGACUCCGAAACUGUGCAGUCUUUGAGCGCGCAAAGAGCUCUUCCCAAUGGAUCGCCUCCUCGCCGUCGCCGUCGCCGUCGCCGUCCUCUGUCUCCUGUCAGGAGUGCACUCGACGUCCUUCAAGAUCGUCAACAAGUGCCGCCACACCGUCUGGCCCGGCCUGCUCUCCGGCGCCAACACGGCCCAGCUCCCCACCACCGGCUUCGCUCUCCCCAGCGGCGCCUCCCGGACCGUCCCCCUGCCCAGGUCCUGGUCCGGCCGGAUCUGGGGCCGGACCCUCUGCGGCCGGGACUCCCAGGGCCGGUUCGCCUGCGGCACCGGGGACUGCGGCUCCGGGGAGGUGGAGUGCGGCGGCGGCGGCGCCAAGCCGCCGGCCACCCUCGCCGAGUUCACACUCAACGGCGCCGACGGGCUCGACUUCUACGACGUCAGCCUGGUGGACGGGUACAACCUCCCCAUGCUCGUGGUGGCGCGGGGCGGGAAGAGAGGCGGGUGCAGCGCCACCGGGUGCCUGGUGGACCUGAACGGCGCGUGCCCCGCGCAGCUGAAAGUGGCGAGCGGGAACGGGACGGGGAGGGCCGUGGCGUGCCGGAGCGCGUGCGAGGCGUUCGGCGACCCGCAGUAUUGCUGCAGCGGCCCGUACGCGACGCCCGACACGUGUCAGCCGUCUCCGUAUUCGCUUUUCUUCAAGAACGCUUGCCCACGCUCAUAUAGCUACGCGUACGACGACAAGACGAGCACUUACACGUGUGCCGGGGCGGACUAUAUCAUCAUAUUCUGUCCCUUGCCUUACACCAGCCAAAAGGUCCUGACCGCACGCAAAGAAUCGGCAAAGCUACUACCUCUGGUGAACAAGACGACUCUGUACCUCAUGAGCAAGUAUGCAAGUGGCGCUUCAUUUUCAGGUCUGCUGCAAGUGCAAUUCGCUUGGGGUUUUGCCAUAUCUGUUCUAACAUCAGUUAUCCUCUUCUGGCCAUAUUUAUGACCCCCGUGACUGACAUUAUUAGCCUGGACACUUCCAGGCAGGUAAAUCAUCUCGAAGAGGUUUUUAUCAGGAGCAUUUCGCCGCCUAGACGAAGAAGGGUCUCCGUUCUUGUAUCCUGCAAGCUAAAGUUGACUCUUAAUUUUGCCUGUAGCUAGUGGAACCACAAAGUUCCGCAACCAAUUUUGUACAUAGAUGUCCUCUUCAUCUGCUGCCUUCUGGUCAUA